GAUGAACGGUCCAGCAGAUCCGGGACAAUUAAAGUUUGGGCUAACUUGGAGGGGACGGGUCGGUGUGGGUUGGCACGAUCCAAACUUUUCCUCUCCAGGUUAAUCAUGACACUCUGUCAGCACGUGUGCUGUUUUUACGCAGCUAACUUCACGAAAUUACCCAAAAAUGCAGCGGCCGGGAGGCGUUUUUGGUGCUUUUCGGUUUGAUUUCGGGCCGUUUUUUUGCGAGCGCCGGUUGCAAAGAAUCGAGCCUUGUUGUGCUCCCGCCCCCCCUGCGCUCCGUGCCGCACUGGUUCCGUCUGGCUCGCCCUCAGCUGCUGCGUGUCCUGGGAUGACCUGUUGAUGUCGGUAGAAUGGAGAAUGGCAGGGGGAGCGAUUUCCCCCAUCACCAAAAUAUUUAAAUAAGCAACAUUUUUCGGGGGACGCUUUGAUAAACCGGCGUCGCAGCUCGGCUCCUCUCCGCUCAGGCAACCGUUGGUGGUGUGCGUCGGCGCACCAUGGCCCAGACCCUCCAGAUGGCGAUCCCAAACUUUGGCAACAACGUUUUAGAGUGUCUGAACGAGCAGCGUCUGCAGGGCCUCUACUGCGAUGUCUCCGUGGUGGUCAAAGGCCACACCUUCAAGGCUCAUCGAGCUGUUCUGGCCGCCAGCAGUUCUUAUUUCCGGGAUCUUUUCAGCAGCGGCAGCAAUGGUGAAGGCGGCAGCAUUGAGGCGAGCCCGACCGUCGUGGAGCUCCCACCGGCUGUCCAGCCCCAGAGCUUCCAGCAGAUCCUGGCUUUCUGCUACACGGGGCGUCUCAGCAUGACGGUGGGGGACCAGUUCCUCCUCAUGUACACUGCCGGCUUCCUGCAGAUCCAACAGAUCAUGGAAAAAGGCACUGAAUUCUUCCUGAAGGUGUCCUCUCCCAGCUGUGACUCCCAGGGCCUUCAUGCAGAGGAGGCCCCGACCUCGGAGCCCCAGAGCCCAGUAACACAGACCGGUACCAGUGCAGCCCGGCCGGCCUCCUGCCUGACGCCGCUGCCUCUGGUGUCCCGAGUGAAGACGGAGCAGCCGGCCGGCCAGCCGGAAGCGGCCGCUCCGUACUCCGUGGUGUGCACUCCGGUGGCCAAGCGGCUGUGGGAGGGGGGCAGCAGCCGAGAUGGAGGCGGGGUCGGCUCGGGAGGAGGGGGCGGGGCCAGGAAGGCGGCCCGGUAUUCCCAGGAGGCGGUGCGGGGCAGCGCCAUCCAGAGCCCCGGGGCCCUCGGACUGGCCAUGGGGAUGGGCGCCACCACGACCAGCCUGGCGGGGAUGGUUGCCGGCGCCAACGGGAGCUCUGCAGCGGUGCUGGGCAUGUCAGAGGGCGCCAGUCCCGGCACCCUGAGCACCUACGCUAGUGACUCACCCAUCAGCUACCAUGACGAUGAGGAAGAGGAGGAGGGGACAGAAGAAUGUGCUGAAGAGCAGUAUAGGCAAAUCUGCAACAUGUACACCAUGUACAGCAUGCUCAACAUGGGAGCUGCAGCAGCUGGUGAGCGUGUCGAGGCUCUACCAGACCACACGGAGACUCGGGGUCGGAUGCGAGGAAGAGAUCUCACCUGUCUUCCUGCAGAACUCAUCGCUCAGAUAGGAAACCGCUGUCAUCCCAAACUGUACGAGGAAGGAGACCCUGCUGAGAAACUGGAGUUAGUCUCAGGUACUUCUGUGUAUAUAUCACGAGCCCAGCUAAUGAACUGUCAUGUGAGCGCAGGGACCAGACACAAGGUGCUGCUGAGGAGGCUGCUGGCCGCCUUCUUUGACAGGAACACUCUGGCCAACAGCUGUGGAACCGGCAUCCGCUCGUCCACCAACGAUCCGAGUCGCAAACCCCUGGACAACAGAGUGCUGCACGCCGUCAAAUUUUAUUGCCAGAACUUUGCCACCAGCUUCAAAGAGAGCGAGAUGAACGCCAUCGCCGCUGACAUGUGCACCAACGCCCGCCGCGUGGUCCGCAAGAGCUGGAUACCCAAACUGAAGCUACUGAUGGCCGAGAGCGACGCCUACACAGCUUUCCUCCCCGACGGCGUCAAGACGGAAGACGACGCCCUGGGAUCCGAUCCGGCCUUCGACCCGGCCUCGCUGGAGGCCAACGGUGCUGCCGGCAUGGAGUCGGGCGGCUCGUCAGGUGAAUCGCUACCUGGCGUGGGCGGGGACGGAGGACCGUUAUUUUGAACAUUGUGUCCAGGGUGGGGGAAGGUUGAAUUUUGAUGACGCACAUACCAGUAUUCCCCAGUUGUGCUUGCCUCCUCACUCUUUGGCUGAUCUCUCACAUCUUGACUGUCUAUACUACACUGCUAGGGGUCGACGCCUCGAUGUAACCAGGACGUGAAAACUUAAAUCUUUUUGCUUUAUGACUGUAUGAUGGAGUUAGUGGAGAAAAGGGAGAGCGUAAGGGGGUGUUUGAGUUUGCUCCUAACUGCCCUCUGCCUCCCCUUGUCUUUUUAAGGUGUGUAAGCGCAUCCACUGUUGCAGAUUAAAUACAUUCCCUGAGGUGCAGGUGGUGGUGGGAGGAGUUACCAGGGCGGCCUGAGGAGGAGGGAUGGGAGGAAAGCUGACCAGUGUGGCGAAUGUAAGCGUCGGUGGCAUUUCUCUCUAUGCAAGCGUGACAACUUGUAUUCCAGCCUCGGGAAAGGAGCUCAGUCUAAAAGUAGAUCCAUUAUUAAAACAAAUUAACACUACCUGUUCUUCCUCCCCUCGCAUCUUCCACUCAUCACCCUGCAAGAACCCUUCAACCCACCUCACCUUACCUGAGACCAGAGAAUCUCACUGAGUGUUUCACUGUGCGGUGUCUUCUACAAAUAUGUCACUUUCUCUGUUUUCUACAUUUCUAGCAUGUUCCUCUGUCUACGAACUGAAAGGAGUGAUCCAGAGAGAAGGCUUUUUACUCAGAUGAUUGUAAAGUAAACUGAAGGGCAACAGGUAAUCAAAGAUGGUCAUAUUUUUAGAAGACAGACUAUAUUUAUACUAGUGCCCAUGCCUGGAAUGGUGUGAGCAGAGAGAGUGAGAGGGAUUGUUUUAAAAUCUCGAUAUUCAGCUUUUAUUGAAAGAGGUGUUGUGGAAUAAGGUUAAAGUGCUAUUUUUGCAUGAGUAUAAUAAAGCAGUCUGAUCAUAGGAACCUCUGUCAUUUACUUUUAUCUUACAGUGAAAGUGAUGGAAUGAGCAGUUGAAUUGCUAAAUUUGACACAUUUCAUCUUCUGUUCACUCACUUUAAAGGAAUAAUAAGGCUGCUUGAGCUGGCUUGACUGUGUCUGUGAUAUCAGUGUCUUGUUAGAUUGUGAACCUGCAACAUUCGUCUCUUUUGAUAAGACAUUGGCCCAUAAUUCUGAAGAUCGCUUGUAGAAAUUUAUAGGUUGUAUUUAUCUGACAACUCAGCUAGUUUAGUCUUUGUGCUAAAAUUAUUGAAAAGAGAAAAAUGAAAACAAACUAGUGACGUUUUGUGCAAAUGGAGACGUCACCAGGAAUAAAACGGGAUAUUGGAAUGUGCCUUUUAAAUGAAAUCGAUGAGCAGAAGUGGGUGGGUACAGUGAGGAGGGGAUGCUGCUUAGAGCAAAUGGGCUUUAAGGUUUGGUGAAGAAGGCGAGUCUGUUUGUGCGGCUGUCCGUUGGUUUGUCGUUUAUUCAUGUAUCCGAUGCACCACCUCUUUAAUCUGGAAAUUCAAAGUGGAGUUUGAAAUGAUUUUGCACCUUCCAUGAGCAGUAGAGGAGUGGUUUCUGCACCUUAAUGAGAAGAACCAGUGGUUCAAGCACCUUUUGAGAAACUUGUGUAGCAAUCAAACCCCUUAAGGUGGAAUUUGUCGUAUUUUUUUUCUCUCCAUGCCUGCUUGUGUUUCUUGUUUAGAUGUGGCACAAACUGCUGCUGUAAAUAAUCAAGAAGACUGUUGAGUUAAAUCCCAAGUGUUCUUCCUUCUUUCUGUUGCUGGAUGAUUGAGAAACUUUUUUAAAAAAUUUAUGUGAUAGUUGGUGUUUGCUAGGAACCUUUUAAACGUUGAUGUGUGGAGUCAGUACAGGAGAUUCUAUAUUCCUGUUCCAGGUGGAUAAAAAUGGAAGUCGUCAGGGUUUGACUGGGAAUGUGUUCUUUAACUGAGAUGACUGAUUACUUUCUCCUUCUGGAAAGGCAUUUUCAAAAAGGUUCUAUUUUUCUGAAGAUGGGUACGGAGUAAAAGCUAGGGAGGAAUAAAUGCUUCCUAUCCAAGGAAAGUGCUCUCAGUCCUACAGACAAACAAUAACUCCAAGCAGGACGGAUGCAUCAUAGCGCAACCUAUUUUUAUUAGAGUUUAACAUUACAGGAUGACUUGACUUUUGGUGGUUUAACUGGGAGAUUUAUGGACAGAUCAAAUAAUGCAGUACCUUGUGAGUAUUCAGUAAUAACAGAACAACCUCAGCUUAGCGUCUGACUGUCGAUGCACCACCUCCCCCACAUACCUCUACAGUAUCUCUGAAGACUGUUGUGCUUUCUGUCCUUCAUGCAGCUGGUGUUGUGUUUCACUUCCACAAGUUUAUUCAUGUGUUUCGGAGAGAGGCAAAGCGGCGGUUUUAGGUGGUUCCAAAUGAAUUAUGAUACGUAUCUGCAGAGAGGGCAUGACAGUGCAGUGUUUAGAAGUCGAGAGCUGAAAGAAAAUAAAGAUUUGUUUAAAGCAUGGAUUCUUGCUGAAGUCAUGCUACAAAGUGACUUGUAUUCUGAGUCACUGACGAGUGCUAAAUUAUCAAAGGAAGCCGUGUUCGUCAGCCCAAACACAGGAAGGACCCGGUGUAACAGGCCAGAUAACCCCCCAGCCAGUUUAUACCGUCAACACAUAAAGAUUAAGCAUGUUAAACUCUGAAUUGUUCAAUUAUUUAGGGUUUUAUUUUUACAAAGAGGUAUGCUCAGCAAGUAAAUCAUUAUGAAACAACAUAACUAGAAUGUCCUUGAGCUAAAUACAAUUAAAAGAGUUCAAAUCAAAGGAAAAACUGAAUUGAAAACCAAGAAAAAUUUAAGCAAAACAUUAUGAAAGAACAUCCACACUGGCUGGUGUUACUUCCAGCUGUUUCUGUUUAGCAGAUUUCAGUUUAAUAUCUCUUUGUAUUGUCUUUGAUUGACUUGAUCUGCGCUCCAAAAAUCCAUCCUCAUAUCAGCAUAAUAUGUCCUUGUAUGUUUACCUAAAUAUGUGAUAUAAUCUUGUUUUACAUGUGGCAUAUUCUGGGAUAGACUAUUCCAGCCCCCGGAGUAUAAACCGGCCCAGGCCAGAGUAUACCCUGGGGUAAAAAGUGGCCCAGCUGGGUACACUUUGGGCUUUAAUCUGGCCUGUUAUACUGGUGAAAAUAACCUGCUGUUGCACCUCAUAAGCUGCUGUUAAACACUGGUUCAGAGCAACAAUACGCUGCGAUGUCUUGAGUGGAAAUAAGUGUGGUUCCGAUACACGACAGGAAUUUUACAUUUAUUCAGCUUUCAGGGCCAUUCUAGUAAACGUUAACCUCUCCGAUGUCCAGAAAGUCCCUCGCUCAGCCUCGUUGCACAGCGCUUCAUCUCCAGUAGGUGUGAGUCUGUUUUACUUUGAGAACAGAAAGCAUUUCUUUUUUUCUUUCCAGCCCAUUCAAAAGCAGACUGUACCUUCUGUAGCUUGUUUACACACAACAUGUAGACCUACACACUUGAAUGGAUAAGGUGUGGCACGGCAUGGGGAACCUUUUGUCACUAAACAGUACAUAUAUAAAUAUGAUUAUAUACAUGUAUAGAUAAAUACUGUAUAUUAUAUAUAGACGCACACAUAGAUUGUUUGUUGUGCACUCGCAGCAUGAGGUAUAUAUUUACCCAGAAACAGUGCUUCUUCACAGCCUGUGCAGUAAAUGGUCAGCCCAUUGCCCCUGCUCCUUGCCCUCUGUAACCCUGUAGCACCAGUGGACCUCCUGUACCGCUCAUCCUCUUCUUUCUGUGUUCCAAGUGCCAAUAACUUUGUGAAAGCCCUGUAACUGUGACCCGACAUUAUCAAAGGUAAUUGCACAUUAACGACUGUAAAAUAAAUAAAUACAAAUCAUAGAGAAAAUGUCAAAAAUGGAUUAAGUAAUGAAUAUCUUAAUAAAAGAUUUGUAACAAU